CGCGGAGUUGAGUUCAUUUCAGUCCAAAGGGCGUCCAGCGGCGGCUGAUACCCCAUUCUCGGAUGUAUGGCUAUUAUGCUGUGCUUGUCACAGCUAUGCAGAUUAUACCUGGGUGGCAGGAGGAUAUAGCGAUACGAAGCUGUCAUCAGUUUUCUGUCUGCUGGAGGAAUCCUCGUCAAAUAUCAUCUAGUUUCGAUUCUCAAAUCUCUCACAAAGUCUUGCAAGGCCCAGAACCAGUAUCAUCAAUCCCACAUUAAAAUGGCGGAACUUGAGAUUCCUAUCAUUGACUUCAGCGGAUUUUAUUCGGAUGACCCAUCCCGAAAGCGGGCCGUUGUUGAUCAGGUCCGCAGGAGCUGCCUCUACAAUGGUUUCUUCCAAAUCGUCAACCAUUCUGUGCCACUCCCGCAGCAGCAAGGCGCAUUGGAUGCCGCGAAGAACUUUUUCACUCUUCCUCAGCACGAAAAGGACAAAGUCAGCAAGAACAACAACACUUGGAACCGAGGAUAUGAGAUGCUGCGAUCGCAGAUUCUUGAGGAAGGCACUCAGCCAGAACUCAAGGAAGGAUUUUAUAUCGGUGCAGAUCUUUCUACAUCUCACCCUUACUUUGUUGAAAAAAAACUGAACAGCGGACCGAAUCAGUGGCCUGAGGGGCUUGGAGAUGGUCUUGAGACAUUCAAGUCGGGUACGAUGAACUAUUACAACUCUUGCCUGAAUCUAGCUUCAGACCUUCUCAAAGUGCUAGCGUUGUCACUCGAUCUUGACGAGAGUUAUUUUGAUCAGUUCGCAGAUGGUGCGGUCGCCACCAUGAGACUUCUGCACUAUCCAAGCCAGCCUAAAGAUGCCGACGAGAAACUGACUCGAGGCAUUGGUGCUCACACGGACUUUGGUGCAAUCACCAUGUUGCUCCAGGAUGAAGUCGACGGCCUCCAAGUUUGGGAUCAGAGAAACCAAACCUGGAUUGACGUUGAGCCGACGAAAGGAGCUCUCGUCGUAAACCUUGGCAACUUGAUGCAGCGAUGGACGAAUGAAAAGUAUAAGAGCAAUGUUCACCGUGUUAUCAACAAGUCUGGAAAGGAAAGAUAUUCUAUUCCUGUAUUCCUUUCUGGUAACCCAGACUAUGUGGUCGACACUAUUCCCACGUGCGUGUCAGCGACCAAUUCCAAGAAAUUCAAGCCUAUUACGGUUCAAGAGGCUGUGUCAGCUGCAUAUGCAGAGUCUUAUGGCAGAGCGCAAAAAUAUAAGCAAGGUUUAGAAAAGGCUAUUGAUAGUGAAAUCCUGCCACCAGCAGUACAGGUCUAAAUAUUAAUGAUCGUUUGAUUGAGUCAAAAGCAAUAUUUCCGAUUGAGCCUAUGGGUAUUGCUUAUGAAUGUCUGCACAUAUGCAAGGUAGUGGCCUGAAUGCACAAUUGGCGUGUUUCUGACUACGCACUCUACACUGGGGCCAAC